AUGAAGCUCAGCAGCCUCUCUGCCCUCACUGUGAUCUUCCUCCUUCUCUGCCUCCACAUGGCGCAUCCCGGAUUCCAGCGGGAUGUCAAUAAACCUGGAUAUUGCCCAGAAUUUUUUCUUUCCUGCCCUUUUGUCCUUUUACCUCUAUGUCAGCGCGAUAAAGGUUGCAAGGGUUCCAAGAAGUGUUGUUUCUACAACUGCAGACGUCAGUGUAUGGACCCGUGGCCGACUUUGGACUGAGCUCCUAAUAAGGAAGUGCUUUCCUCUUCAC